AACAACAACAACUUAAAAAGCGAUGAUUCAACAAUAAUCUAAUUUAUCACAUAAACCGCAGCGCAGGAGUGAAAUACAGCCAUUUAAUAGAACGAUAAAUAUUACACUAGUGUAAUAACACUUUGACGUGACGUCAUUUGCGCUAUAUAUACUGUACAGGUAUAAACAUAGCGUUAUUUAAAACGCGCUAGCGUUUCACUAUAGGCGCGUCAAUGAAAAAUGACUCUUUUUAACAGUUUAACUUUGUUUCUUAUUUUAUAUAUGUGAUAAAAUGUAUAUUAUAUUCGUGUAGAUUCAAUACUAAAUUUAGAUCUAUUGAUUUAUUAAUAGAUCUAAAAACAAUAUUAUGCUCGCCAGAGGCUCGCAUAUAAUAUCACAUAGAUCUACAUCGUUGUUGGAGUCUCGAGAUGCCUUCAGUGGCCGAAAGUUCCCCUUAAAUCCACAUUACUGUCACCAAAGCUUUAAAGAUUGUUACGUAUGUAUUUUUAAAUUAAUAUUUUUGUCAGUUCUACAAGAGUACUAUAUACACUGAUGAAAAAACUUGUCUACUGUAUGCGAUUGCUUCCCCUUACGACACUAAAGUAGUGUGUUAAUUAACAGUUUUCUCCCCUUGCAGAAAAAACGCCAUUAUGGAGCGAUCAGAAGAUAUGGAAGCAGAAGCAGUCUUAGCAGAGAUGACAGUAAACCGGAACCAGACUAGACCAUUCAAGGUUACAAAUAAGGCCAGAACGAGGAAAGUUGGAGUAGUUGCAUGCAACUACUCCGAACUCAAAUGCAAAUGUCAGGAGAAGUUUAGAAGUUUAGAAGAAGAUGUGACUUUUGUCAUUGAGUCUGAUGGGACAGAGGUUGACUCAGAUUACUUGGAAAUGGUACAUUCAGAAAUACUGAUGUUUCUCCAAGGUGAUGAAAACUGGGAACCUGUGAGCUGUCCCGCCUCUGACCAUGCUGACCAGAAUUCAGACAUUACUAUGUCAAUCAUGGAAAAGUUGAGGGAAGACAACAGAAGAAAAAGAACACAAAAGCCAAUGCUGGAGAAUAAGAAAAAACAAAUCAGUGUGCAUGUUGGCUGGAUGAACUACAGAUUCAGAGAUAAGAAAUACCACCUAAUUAAAGGAACUGGGGGUAAUCCUGAUUCUGGACCAAGGACCAUAAAAUUGGCCAGUCAAUCAAACUUUAAAGAAAUCCAGGAGUUCUUAAGAUCUACUUUUUUUCCUAACCGAAGAAGCUUUCUUGGUGUGGCGAAGAGAUUUCAAUUUUCAGUGGGAAAUUUUGAUGGACAGGAAAUAAAUGAAGAUACAAAGCUGUACCAAUUUAUUGGUAGCAGUACGAAACCCAGAAUUUAUUUACUGUCUAAAGAGAUUCCAAGAUCCUUUGAUCAACAGACAGAUUCUGACACAGAUUCUGACUUCCUUCCUGACAUCAGGCCACCAAAACGAAUUCGAACUCAUACUGUCAGUUCUCAAGAGGCUUCAGGAUAUUCACAAGAUACUGCACAGACCUCCUCACAAGCUUUCUCAGUUUCUCCACCUGCAGUUUCACAUAAUCUCGCAUUUACUCCUAAAAGUACCAGUUCUUUGAAUACACUUGGGUUAACUACUCAUAUACCAGUCAUAAAUUUUGAGGAAUAUAUUCAGAGGCCAGUGGUGCCUCAAACUACUGAAAACAACAUGAAUGAAGCACCGGUACAACCUAUACGGUUACAAAUGCAAGCAGGAACACCAACUGUUACAAUUGAUCAAAAAACUUGCUGCAUAUGCUUUGAAAGAGCAGUUGACACAGCCUUGGUGCCAUGUGGACAUUUGUUUUGUUUUGUGUGUGCCACUGCACAAGAAUGCUCUUUGAAUAAGAACUGCUCCUUGUGCAGGAAGUAUAUACAGAGCAUUCUAAAACUUGUAAAUUCCAAUUAAACUGUUUAAAUGUAUGGCUAACUUUGUGGAGCUCUGAAUGGUGAAGAUCAAGGUGUUAUUGACAGAAUCAUGACCCUUUUAACCAAACUUUGUUAAACUUCUGGUUUCGGCAAAAUAACUUUUAAAGGAUUUAAACCAAUGAUUGCCUUUGUACAUGACAAUUGAAAGUAUAUUAUAACAAAACAGAGUUUAAGGUUCAUUUUUCCAGUAAUCAACUUGUUACUGAUAAUCUCUUUUGCUCACCUUUCACAAAGUUGAACGGUGUGCUUUUGUGAUCACAAUUUGUCAGGUGUCUAUCAGUCGGUUGUCCAAAGUAAACUUUUACUUUCAAUGACAA